CGGUGCUCCGUGGCUGUGCUGUGGGAAAUCUGGGCGAGGCUGUGCCGCUGAGAUACACAGCUCAGCAGGCUGGAAAUGAACGGAUCAGCGAAUCGCUAAACCUUCUCAACCUGCCCCUGGUAGACUGUAACUAAACCUCUCACAAAGGUACAUUGUCCUCCUGUUUGUCUCCUAUUCAAUGUGUCUGACUUCGAGCAGCCCACCUUGGCUGCAGUUUUCACACCGAGAUACUGCGUGCACUCCACUCUCUCCGCUGUUUAACCCCGAUGGGAAAGCGGGGAGAGCUCCAUUCCAUUUGAAUACUUCCUGCUGUAAUAUCCUGAAAAGCCUCUGUGAGUUACAUCCGUUCCUGGUGCUAUCUGCGGUCCUGAACCCAGGGCAUGAAAUUUACAGUGGUCCUGAAAUUGGGGUUUUAAUUACUUUCAGUCUAUUUGAAGGUGACCAUAGGUGCGGGGCACUGCUGAUGGUUCCCCUGAAAGCCUUGAGAGACAGAGCUCUGUGCUAAACCCAUUAGUCUAAUGCUGCCAUCUGUUAGCACAAGUGUUAGCGAGUGAGUGAGCAGCGGAUGUUAGCCGUCAUUCCGCCGGUUGGUUCGGGAAUAUCUCCAUACCCCGCCCUCGGCGGUCACCCUGGGGCGGGGUUUUACAUUCAGGGAAGUGCUGGAGUUGAGGCCGAGCUAAGGAUUUCGGGGCGGUUUCAGUAGGUGCUCGGAGCUCAGCAACCUGACUGUUCCCCGGCUCCAUCGACUUCAUCUCCGACUGGCUUCUGUCCAGGAAAGUGCCUUUAACCAAGCAGCAUGUCCGAUUCUGAUGAUAUCAGUGAGUUUGGAUUCAUCGUUGACAGGAUCUCCAGAGGCGAGGUUCCCAUUAAAAACAUAGAGCGGGAAUUGAUCUGCCCGUGCUGUAAGGAGCUCUUCACUCACCCCCUGAUCCUUCCCUGCCAGCACAGUGUCUGCCACAAAUGCGCCAAAGAGUUGCUGCUGUUCCGGGACGAUGCGGCCACCGAGCUGGACUCGGAGUUCUCCAAUCCGGCCACACCAGUCAGCAGCCCCCGGAGCCGCCGCCUCUCCUCGGCCAGUGUCGAGAGGCUCGAUAGACUCACUAGGACAGCCUCACUGCGAAGGUCAUUUGGGAGAAAAGGAUCUGCUGCCCAUCCAGGCUGGAAACGAACCAUCCACAGUCAAGGAAUCACCACCUUCCCUUGUCCUAGCUGCAAACAUGACAUAGAUCUUGGAGAACGUGGUCUUAGCGGUCUGUUCCGAAACUUCACCUUGGAAACAAUUGUGGAAAGAUACAGACAGGCCGCUAGAGCAGCAGUGGCAAUCAUGUGCAAUCUCUGCAAGCCCCCACCCCAGGAGGCCACAAAGAGCUGCAUGGACUGCAAGGCAAGCUACUGCAAUGAGUGUUUCAAACUCCAUCAUCCUUGGGGGACUCCAAAGGCCCAGCAUGAGUAUGUAGGACCAACAACCAACUUCCGACCUAAGAUCCUGAUGUGUCCUGAGCACGAUAUGGAGAAAGUUACCAUGUAUUGUGAGGUAUGCAGACGGCCCGUGUGCCACCUCUGUAAACUGGGCGGAUCACAUGCCAACCACAAAGUAACCUCUAUGAGCAGCGCCUACAAAGCCCUGAAGGAGAAGCUAUCCAAGAGUAUCGGUUACCUCAUCAGCAAAGAGGACCAAGUGAAAACUCAGAUCUUUCAAUUGGAACACAUGAUUGAGCAGACAGAGAGUAAUGGAGAAAAGGCGAAAAGAGAAGCCACUGAUAUGAUUGAUGGCCUGUGUGCUAUCCUGGAACAGCGCAAAAUGAAACUCAUCAAGUCAAUUGAGGACAGUCAUUCAUCAAAACUGGAGAAACUACGAAACCAAAUGGAUGAAUAUCAGGGGAUGCUGGAAAACAGUGGGCUGGUUGGAUAUGCCCAAGAAGUACUAAAGGAAACAGACCAAUCCUGCUUUGUACAGACAGCAAAGCAACUGCAUGUUAGGAUCCGAAUGGCUACUGAAUCCCUGAAGACAUUCCAGCCAGCUGCAGAACCCACUUUCACAGAUUUCAGUCUGGAUAUUUCCCGAGAGGAGAAACUCCUUAAAGAACUGUCAUUCACAAGUGUUCCAGACGCGCCAGUUAUCGACCUGACACAAAGCCGGUUGUACAAUGAGGGGACCAUCAGCUGGCAGCAACCCAGUGGCACUCCUCCUGUUGACCACUACAAGCUUGAAUACAGGAGACUCGACCAAGAUGGAGACUGUGCCUGGGAGUCCACUGAAGAUGUGUGCGGCACAAGUAAAGUCAUCUCAAAUCUUGACACCAAUUCGAGCUACAUCUUCAGAGUGAAGGGCUGCAAGAAUUCCAUCUACAGUGACUACAGCAAGGAGGUAGUUCUCCAUUCACCACCUGCUCCAGUAUUAAGGUUUUUGUUUGAUGAGAAGUGUGGCUACAACAGUGAUCACCUGAUCUUAAACAAACAGAGAGACUCUGUGGAGAGUGUUGCUGGGCUUCCCAUGUUGCUUGGUGCAGAACGGAUUAUGGUUGGAAGUUAUAUGUCUCUGGACUUCAUCACUGGGGACACAGGAGUAACAAAAGGAAAAUACUACUGGACCUUCCGAGUGGUGCUCGGCUCAUAUCUGGUUAAAGUAGGUGUGGUGUCCGACACAAAGCUGCAAGAGUGGUUUCACAGUCCACGAGAUAUCAACAGUCCCAGGUACGAUCAAGACAGUGGCCAUGACAGCGGGAGUGAAGAUAUUGCUUUGGAACACUCCCAACCUUUCACUUUUGUUACCAUAGGGAUGAGGAGGCUUUUCAUCCCGAAAGGUUCUGCCAGUUCAUCCACAGAAUCUUGCAAACGCUCUCUAUCCACUCCCAAUCGGAUUGGCAUUUGCCUGGACUAUGACAAAGGGAGAGUGAAUUUCUACAAUGCAGAUACUAUGCAGUGUUUGUAUGAAAGAGGGGUGGAAUGUUCUGGAACAAUGUAUCCUGCCUUUGGGCUAAUGGGAGGUGGGGCAGUGCAUCUGGAUGAAUUAAUUACAGUGAAAGAAUCUACAAAACUUGAUUUCUUUAUCGAUUCUUGAUUGCUGGGAAGCAUUUUUUUCAUAGAUUUAAAAACGGUAAAAAAUAUGUUUGCUUCCCUGUUCAUAGCACUUUAUGGCAUGCGUUGCUUGAAGAUCCUCUAUAAACGGUUCCACUUGGUUCUCAGUAGAGUUUGUGCAAUACACAGCCACUGAUUAGACAAUAGAAGGUGGUAGUGAUGUUUGUGGCUCUAAGAAAUAUUUCUUUCAUCCUCCUUCACUUCUGCUUCACUUGUUUUUACACAAACUGGAUUGUUUAAAACUAGCUGGAAAUGCACCUUUUCAAAGAAAUAAGACUGUUGAGAUGUGUUAAUUAUUUUAUUAAGAUUUGCAGAUGUGA